CUUGUGUGGACUCGCCAUUGUCACUCAACGCAGCAAUGUCUGUCACCAUGGCGGUCUUUCAUGCGAUUCAUGCGCCCUGAGCGGCUGCGAAGUGGGCGCAGCAAGGCUGCACAACAGUAGCUCUCGGCCACCUGAUCAGCUCUAGAAGUGGCCCUCAGGCGAGGUCUACUCACUGCCUUCGCGGAGUACACCCAUAGACGAACAUCACAUUUUGCGAUCGCAAGUGACGGGAUGAUCAGUAUACGCUGGCAGCAUGCUGAUACUGACAUCAACAGCGCGUGAGCACGAACAGGACAGCUGACAUUCAUGAAUGAGAUGACACCAUUUGCUAGAGACGCUCGCAGCACACACUCUGGCCGAUUGCAGGUCAUGGCAAGAUGCGGCUGUUGAACAGCGACUUCGAAUUCUGCGACUACGACGACUCUCCACCGCCAUACGCCAUCCUUUCUCACACAUGGAGCGAGAGGAAUGAGGAAGAGGUGACCUACCAAGACCUGAAAGAUGGCAUAAAGGACACAACGAAACCUUUGACCAAGUUGAACUUCUGCAAAGAUCGGGCGAAGGAAGCCGGCUAUAAAUACUUCUGGAUCGACACCUGCUGCAUUGAUAAACGAAACGAUGCUGAGGUCAACUAUGCAAUCAGGUCAAUGUGGCGGUGGUACUUCGAGGCAGGUGUCUGCUUCGUGUACCUGUCAGAUCUGUCAAAGAAGAGAACGCGGGAUACAGACUGGCGAGAUGCGCUCAAAGACUGCAGAUGGUUCACAAGAGGAUGGACACUGCAGGAGCUUAUAGCAUCGAAGAAGAUCGAGUUCUAUGCAAGAGAUGGCCAUAUCGGCAGUAGAGAAGACUUAUUGCCCGCGCUCAGGAGCAUUACUGGCAUUGAUCUUGGUCGUUCCAUGCCUAGUCAUGCGACGAGGCUGGGUUGGGUUACCAAGCGUUCCACGAAGAGGCCCGAGGACAGGGCAUACUGUAUGCUUGGCAUAUGCGAUGUGUCCCUCGACCCUCGAUAUGGUGAGGGAGGAAACUCAGCUUGGCGACGACUGCAAGAUGCGAUUACACAUCGACAUGGAACGAUUGCGCUGAGCGUCCAACGCGAAGUGACCAACGACGACCAUCCAGCGACGAUGCUCGAGGCUCUAAGGUUCGACGCCCUCGAGACAAGGCGAAAAACCGUAAAAGAACCCUUAACGAAGACCUGCAAAUGGAUUCUCGCCCAUCCCGCCUGUGCCAAAUGGUUAAAGCUUGAGCGCAAGUUUUUCUGGAUCAAAGGGAAACCGGGAGCUGGCAAGUCAGUGCUGAUCAAGUACCUGGAUCAGCACGUUACACGCAAGCUGAAGAAGUCGAACGCUAUUGGUCUGCACUUCUACUUCAAUGCUCGCGGCGAGCAGCUUGAAAAGUCCUUCAUGGGCCUGUACCGUUCGCUAUUGGUGCAGCUCGUGGAUCUCGUGCCAGAAGUUGCGCAUGAGCUCAAUGCACUCGGUAUGCCGUUCGAUUUGCCACAGCUACAGAGCGUCCUCACUUCUGUCAUUCUUAGUAUUGAUAGACAGGUCUGGCUCUUCAUUGACGCACUGGACGAAUGUCGCGAGGGCGACGUCCGGGAUCUGAUCGAAUUUCUCGAUGGACUGCAAGACGCAAAGCUCUAUGUGUGCCUUGCUAGCCGCCACUACCCUAUCGUCAAAGUGCCGACGGACCUACAGCUCGUCCUUGAAGAUGUGGAUCAGCACAAAGAGGACCUGAGCACUUAUGUCCAGAAGCUUGACCUCGAAGGCGAAGAAUUGGCUCAGAUGCAGCACGACAUUGUGGCCAAGGCGAAUGGCAUUUUCCUUUGGGUAGUUCUGGUUGUCAACAUUCUCCAGAAAGACGUAGAACGAGGCAGGUUCCACGCCAUGCAGUCACGACUGCGAGAGAUACCUGAGGGUCUACCAGAUCUGUUCAAAACCAUCAUUCUUCGGGAUGAUGAGCAUAAGGAAGAGUUUCUGCUCUGUCUCCGGUGGAUUUUGUACGCUAGGCGGCCUCUGACACUGAAGGAGUGGUAUUUCGCGAUGAUGUCUGGUGUUGAUGGCAGCCUCGAGUGGCACGGCGGGAUCACAGACCCUCGUAUGGAGAUAUUCUUACUGACUUCUUCAAAGGGCUUAGCGGAGCUGACCAAAGGCAAGACGACCACUGCACAAUUUAUUCAUGAAUCUGUGCGCGAUUUUUUGAUUGAUCAAGGUGGCUUUGAGGAGAUCUGCGGUAGUCACGAGUCAUUUGAGAGCGUCGCACAUGAUCACUUGAAACGCUACUGUUUGCGAGGGAUGGCAUUUAGCCUACCAAGACAACUCGACCAGCGUAAAGGCAAGAAGCAGCUGCUUAACGAAGAGGAGCGCAGCUCGCUGAGGGCUCGAUAUCCAUUUGCUGAGUAUGCCACCACCUAUAUCUUGCAUCACGCAGACCAGGCAGCAGUUGGAUGUCCUCAAGAUUCCUUCCUAGCCAAUGAGUUCACGAUAUCGGACUGGAUGAGCGGGUUUAACGCUUUGCAGACGAGCAAGCCGGUUGUCUACAGCGAUGUUCCCAGCUUAAACUAUCUCUGCGCUGAGAGGAACCUCGCAAGUUUGGGUUCUCGACCGACUGCAGCCCUGAAGAUGGAAAAGCAGCAAAGGUAUGUGAGACCGUUGAUCGCUGCAAUUGUCCACGCAAGCUGGGACGUACUGAGGAUAUUCUUGAACGACAUGAGCGUACCCAACAUCGAAGAGACCAUUCUCGAAAUACGUUCUAAAACCAAAUUGGUACUUUCGUCGAGGUGGGGUCUUAACAGAGUCUGGGACUGGAGCUGGGCAGUCAGGAAUGGCUUGGUACAUUUGUCAAAACACACUUUAAUGUCUAUAUACGAGCUAGACCCUGGGGCUCAGAAGAUGCAAUGGAGCCAAGCCCUUGUGACUGGAUCAGAGGGGGGUCACGAAGGGAUGGUGCAGAUGCUGCUGGAUAUGGGUACAGAGUUUCACGAAUAUGCACACAUCGAAGCGCUGUACAAUGCAUCAGAUGGCGGCCACGAGAAGGCGGUGCAGGUGCUACUGGAUGCGGGGGCAACUGUCAAUGGUCGGUUAUAUAAAAGUUCUACCGCCCUGCAGGUGGCGUCAAGUAAAGGCCACGAGAGGGUAGUGCAGGUGCUGGUGAAUGCGGGAGCAGAUGUCAACGCUCAAGGGGGGGGCAUUUACGGCAAUCCGUUGGCGGAGGCAUCGCAAUGUGGCCACGAGAACGUGGUGCAGCUGCUACUCGAUGCGGGAGCAGAUGUGAACGCCGAGGACGGCUCACGCGGCACUGCGCUGCGGGCAGCAGCAGUCUCUGGUCAUGACACUGUGGUGCAGAUGCUACUCGAUGCUGGAGCAAAUGUAAACUUUCAGGGAGGACCUCACGGCAACGUACUGGUGGCCGCAUCAGUAUGUGGCUACGAGAGCGUAGUGCAGAUGCUGCUCAAUGCGGGUGCAGAUGCCAGUGCACAAGGAGGGGACUACAGCAAUGCACUAGAAGCGGCAAGAUCUAAUAAUCAGGCUGAUGCUGUCAGCGCAUGUGGAGAAAGGAACCCGGCGCCGAAUAAACUAGCUUGUCGAUCAGUUCGACAGGGGAAGCAGAUUCUCGGUCUAAGUGAAAGAUUUCGAAAUUUUGAUAUGGUACAGCUUGAUCUAUCCCGACUGAGUCAAGAGAAUGGCGAAAGCUAGUGUACACUGAAUUCGAGUCUCAUAACGCAGCCAGAAAAAGUGAACACGCUGCUGGGCUGCUGGGCGGGCGUUCCUGUCUCCCUUCCAGAUCGGCCUUUGUCGCGGGGUUAUGUUGCGACGUAUUCUACCUCUCAUAGUAUGCUGCUCUUUCACGGUCGCGUUGACUUUGGCAAGAUGUGGCGGA